AUGUCUGAAUCUCUCCGCGUUCUCCUAGUCGGCAACGGCGGCCGCGAACACGCCAUCGCCUGGAAACUCCUGCAAUCACCCUCGAUCGAGCACAUCUACGUCUGCCCCGGUAACGGCGGCACCGCAACCCUCUCCAGCAAAGUCACCAACGUAACCACUGUAAAAGACAGCGACUUCGCCGGCCUCGUCACUUUCUCAAAAGAAAAGAACAUCAACCUCUUAAUACCCGGGCCCGAAGCCCCCCUCGUAGCCGGCAUUGUCGACUACUUCCGCGAAAAUGGCCUCUCAAGCAUCAAAGCCUUCGGGCCCAGCGCAGCCGCUGCGCGCAUGGAAGGUAGCAAAACUUUCAGCAAAGACUUCAUGAAGCGCCACAACAUUCCGACCGCCGCCUAUGAGAACUUUAGCAAAUACGACGACGCAAAAGCGUAUCUCGACUCCAUCUCCCACAACGUCGUAAUCAAAGCAUCUGGUCUCGCAGCAGGAAAAGGCGUAAUAAUCCCGCAAACAAAAGAAGAAGCCCACGCUGCGCUAAAGGACAUCAUGUUAACAAGAGAAUUUGGUACCGCAGGCGACGAAGUCGUCAUCGAAGAGUUCCUCGAAGGCGACGAGCUUUCCAUCCUGACUUUCAGCGACGGCCGCACGAUCAAAUCCCUGCCUCCCGCACAAGACCACAAGCGUAUCUUCGACAACGACCAAGGGCCUAAUACAGGCGGUAUGGGAACGUACGCGCCAACGCGCAUUGCGCCAAAAGACGUCCUCGAGACCGUGGACAGAGAGAUCCUUCAACCCACCGUCGAUGGUAUGCGCGCCGAGGGCUUCGAGUUCAAGGGCGUGCUCUUCACGGGGCUGAUGAUGACGAAGAACGGGCCGAAAGUGCUCGAAUACAAUGUCCGAUUUGGAGAUCCAGAGACGCAGAGCUUGUUGGCGCUUAUGGAGGGGGAUCUAGCGGAGGUUAUGGCGGCGUGUGCGGAGGGAAGACUGAAGGAUGUUGAAGUCAAAGUGUCGAACAAGAGUGCGGCGACGGUUGUUGUGGCUGCGGGUGGGUACCCAGGGAGUUAUGCGAAGGGUACAGUCAUGACAUUGGAUGCUGUUCCCGAGGACGUCGUGCUCUUCCACGCCGGAACCUCUUUCUCGGAUAACACGCUCAAGACUGCCGGUGGUCGCGUUAUCGCUUCAACGGCUACGGCGCCUACAUUAGAAGAAGCUGUUGCGAAGGCUUACAAGGGCGUGCAGUGCAUACACUUUGAGGGCAUGCAGUACCGCAAGGACAUCGCUGGAAGGGCGCUGAAGAAGUAG